UUGAGCGCGUGCGCUACGAAUACAGUUUUGCUCGGCAUCAUCGACUACUGUUCUCGCCUUUUCCUCGAUAUUUCUUGGAGUUACGAGAAGUAUUGUGUGAAUUAGAAGAUACGAAGAUCUUGUGAAAGAAAACGAAAAAAUGUCGAGUAGCAAGUGUGUGAAACAACCACGUAAAGCGUAUACGAAGGAGCAGCAUGAAAUGAGCCAUUCGGAGAAGCUAAGACUAAUCGAUGACGAGCUAAAUUCAUUUUACAAAUAUUGUCAGCAAGCUGGUUUUACGGAGGAAGAAAUGGAUAUAAUAUGUCAACCUUUGGUAGCGGCGAUGCGCCGUUCAUGGUUGCAACUUGUUUUCCGUGGUACUUUGAUACUCGUUGUGCUUGGUACAUUGGCUUGUCUGGCAGCCCAACUUGAUUUCGUUGGCACUCAUUUUACUGCUCUUAGCCGUUUAUUAUUGAUCAAAGUAUUACCAAUCUGGAACUGGCAACCUCUUUAUUACGAAAAUUGCAUGAUUAAUAAUCCCUUUUACAAUGAUUACACGAUUACGGAAGAAGAUUGCGUGACUUGCGAAGCUCUUGAAACGAUUGAUCGUUUAUCGGACGUAAGAUAUCGCAGCCUCGUUGAUAAUUAUCUUAGUCGGGAUGCACCAGCUAUUAUUACCGAUGCGAUGGACACAUGGGCGGUUAUGAAUACGGAUUAUUUUUGGUUCGAUAAUAUAACUCACCUUUACUUGGAGAACGAACGUUUAAUGGAAACGGUCCCGUGUGCUCUCACGUCUAAUUUACGCACCGGUUCGUCCGAUCUAGCAGCUUUUUUACGACGAGUACACUCUCCCGAAGUUGCCAAGUGGUUUGUGCAUUGGCAAAAUUGUGACAUCAAUGCCGUCAAAGUAUUAAGAAAAUAUUAUCAGAGACCUUACUUUCUUUCGAGCACGGUAUCACCGGCACACUUCAAUUGGGUCCUUAUGUCCUCGGAUUACAACAGUCCUAGCUAUAAAAAAGUCGAAUUAGAUUCUGGCUUAAUAGCUUUGGCACAGCUUCGCGGUGCCACCCAAUUGCGAUUAACACCUAUCAAUCCGUGCAAUAGUUCUUGUCCGGAACUUAUUGCUGAUUUACAUCAAGGAGAGAUGCUUGUAUUUACCAACCUGAUGUGGACUUUGGAGUAUGCACCAAUGCGUGGAUUGGAUAACAUCGCUAUCCUUACGGAAACCGUUUGGGAAGAAGACAGUUAAAUCGUAAAAAUUACUUUUCAAUUAAUAUGUCGAUCGUGAUAAAAUACAAUGGUUUCUUGAUCUAGAAGCUAUUUCGAGAGCUUCUCCACCUUUAAUACAUGUAUCGAUAUAAACGUAUUAAAUAGGGCAUUUCCAUCGA